CUCUCCCCCUAGCGGUGACCUAGUGUCGGUGAUGCGGCUGACUGGGCGCCAGCAGCGGGCAGCGCUCUGAUCGGUUCGGUCUAUCUCUAUAGAUCUGGAGGAUGUAGCUCGCUCUAUCUCUAUAGAUCUAGAGGAUGUAGCUCGGUGUAUCUCUAUAGGUCUAGAGGAUGUAGCUCGGUGUAUAGAUCCAGAUUAUAUAUCUCCAUAGAUGUGUCGGUGUGUAUCCUCUGUGGUGUAGCGGGACUGGAGAGGUCGCUGCGGGUUUCGUGGUGGAGCGACCGGGAGACCAGUUCUCCCUCCACUGGUUUGAUGACAGGAUUUGUAUUUUGCUGCGCGAUGUAUAUGGACAAGACCAGUCUGCUGCGGGGUCCCUCAUCUCCCAGCUUGUUAUCAAAGAGUCUCCCCUUGGACCCCUCCGACCCCCCCUCCCUGGACCCCUCUGGCCCCCCCUCCGGCCCCUCCUCCCUGGACCCCUCUGGCCCCCCCUCCCUGGAACCCUCCUGCUCUGAAGACCAGGACCGCGGUCCAGGUCCCCCACCCCCCCCUGUGCAGCCAGAACCCCCGGAGCCAGAAGAAGGGUCGCACCUCUCGGGGGGGCCAGCACCUCAGACCAGGAGCAGACCCGCCCCGGGGCCCAAACCACGAGUUCCGCCCAAGCCGGCCUAUCUGCAGCAGAAAUCAGGAUUGAGGCCACGCCCCCUGGCCUGUCAGCCCCUCCCAUCUCUUCCCAGGGAGGGGAGGGGCCCCGAGAGUCCGCCCCCUGCGGGAGUCCUGUCACUCAUCGAGAAGUUUGAAAGGGAACAGCUCAUCGUGGUUCCUCUCAGACUCCCUGCUCCGUCACCUCCUCCACCAUCCUCAUCCUCAGCCCCUCCCCCGGAGGCGGAGGUCAAAGGUCAGGCGGAGGUCAAAGGUCAGGCGGAGGAGGAUGAGGCUGAGGAUGAGGAUGAGGCUAAGGAUGAAGAGCGUGAGAAGCGUCUGUCUCGGGAGUCGGGUUACAGCGCCUCCGAGAGACACCUGGACCCUCUGGUUACCAUGGAGAUGAGGGAUGAGGAGCAGCUGGGGAGCAGCCAAUCAGAUGCGACGUGCGAGCGCUUGUCCCUCCCCCAGCCCCACACAGAGGGCAAGGUGGCCAAUCGGGACAGCGGCAUCGACAGCAUCAGCUCCCCCUCCCACAGCGAGGAGCUCUGCUUCGCUGGCGGAGAGGAGGGGGGCGGGGCCUUCCAUCGCAGCCACGCCCCCCCGCGCCUCUCUAGCUCCUCCUCCUGUGGAGGGGAAGAGGGUGGGGGCGGGGCCAUUGGGCGGGCCCUAUCUGAGGACGGAGACAGUGACCUGGACGAGGUUGAAGAGAUCACCCUGGUCCUACCUGCCGAGCAGCUGUCUGUCAGCCAGAGGGUCUUCAACAUAGCCAAUGAGCUGCUCCACACCGAGAUCGCCUACGUGUCUAAGCUCCACCUCCUGGACCAGGUAUUUUGUGCCCAGCUCAUGGAGGAGUCUCGAUCUCGCGCCUCCUUCCCUCCAGAUGUGGUGCAGGGGAUCUUCUCCAACAUCUGCUCCAUCUACUGCUUCCACCAGCAGUUCCUUCUGCCAGCGCUGCAGAAACGCAUGGAGGAGUGGCAUGUGAACCCCUGCCUGGGAGACAUCCUCCAGAAGCUGGCCCCGUUCCUGAAGAUGUACGGGGAGUACGUGAAGAACUUUGAGACGGCCAUGGAGCUGCUGACGUCCUGGACCCAGAGGUCCGUCCCCUUCAGGACCAUCAUCCAGGACAUCCAGAGAGAGGAGCGUUGUGGGAGCCUCAGUCUGCAGCACCACAUGUUGGAGCCGGUCCAGAGGAUCCCUCGCUACGAGCUGCUGCUCAAAGACUACCUGCACCGCCUGCCCCCCCACGCCCCGGACUACAGGGACACCCAGAAGUCUCUUGAACUCAUCGCAACGGCAGCAGAACAUUCUAAUGCUGCUAUAAAAAAGAUGGAGCGCAUGAGGAAGCUGCUGAUGGUGUACGAGCUGCUGGGCGGGGAGGAGGACAUCGUCAGCCCGUCUAACGAGCUCGUUAAGGAGGGACACAUCCUCAAACUGUCCAAUAAGAACGGGACGUCCCAGGACCGCUACCUCAUCCUGUUUAACGACCGACUGCUGUACUGCGUCCCGAAGCUGCGUCUGAUUGGUCAGAAGUUUGGCGUCCGAGCGCGUAUCUACGUGGAGGGCAUGGAGCUGAAGGAAACCAGCAGUGUUGCCGUUCCAAGAACAUUCCUAGUUUCUGGAAAACAACGUUCACUGGAACUACAAGCCAGAACAGAAGAGGAGAAGAAAGAUUGGAUCAAAGCCAUCCAGGAGGUGAUCCAGAGACAUGAGCAGACCGUCGAGAGCUUCAGAAACAAUGAGUCCACACCCCCCCACUCCCCGGUGGAGCUGGGCAGGCGGGCCCCCACGCCCAUCAGAGAGAAGGAGGUGACGCUCUGCAUGACCUGCCAGGAGCCCUUCAACUCCAUCACCAAGAGACGCCACCACUGUAGAGCCUGCGGACACGUGGUUUGUGGAAAGUGUUCCGAGUUCCGAGCUCGUCUGUCAUACGACAACAACCGGACCAACCGCGUGUGUGUCGACUGCUACGCCACGCUGCUGGGAGUCCCGCCCCCGCCCGCCACGCUGACCAAUCUCACGCAGAGGAGACGAUCCAUCCUAGAGAAACAGGCGUCCCUGGCAGCAGAGAACAGCGUGAUGUGCAGCUGCCUGUACUACCAGGAGAGAGGAGGUGGGCGGGGCUGGCAGAAGGCCUGGUUCAUCAUCCCUGAGAAGGAACCCCUGGUGCUCUACAUAUACGGCGCUCCUCAGGACGUCAAGGCACAGAGGAGCGUCCCUCUGAUUGGCUGGCAGGUUUCCCUCCCUGAGUCAUGUGAUCGCCGCCACGCCUUCAAGAUGACCCAGAGUCACAUGACCCUGCUGUUCAGCGCCGAGGCGGAGGAGCUACAGACGCGCUGGAUGGAUGUCCUAUCACGUGCUGCCAAGGGGGAGGAGCCAGUCGCCCACAGUCCAAUCGCAGAGUGUCUGGACGAGGAGGGGGAGGAGCCAGCAGCAGAGAACACGUGAUUCCAUAGGAGAAGAUUACACACAGACACACACACACACACACACACUGAUAGAAACACACCCACACACACGCACACAAACAAACAAACACACACAAACCAGACACAGAAGCACACAGACACGCAGACACGCACAAACACGCACACACUCACACACACACACAAAAUGUAAUAGUGUUGCAUGACUGAUCUAUGUAGUGUUUAACCCAGAACUCAUAGAACUCUCUCUCUCUCUCUCUCUCACGCUCUCUCUCUCUCUCUCUCUCUCUCUCUCUCUCUCUCUCUCUCCCUCUCUCUCACGCUCUCUCUCUCUCUCUCUCUCUCUCUCUCUCUCUCCCUCUCGGUCUAGAAUUGAUCUAGAGUUAAUCUAGAGGUCUAGAGUUGGUCUAGAGUUGGUGUAGAGUUUAUCUAGACUUGAUCUAGAGGUUUAGAGUUGGUCUAGAUGGGUUCUAGAGAUCUAGAGUUGGUCUAGAGUUGGUCUUGAGUUGAUCUAGAGGUCUAGAGAUCUCGAGUGGGUCUAGAGGUCUAGAUCAGUUCUAGAGAUUGAGCGUUGGUCUAGAGGUCUAGAGUUGGUCUAGAGGAGGUAUGAAAGUGUAGCGGAGGUCUAUAGUUGGUCUACAAGCCUAGAUUUGUUCUAGAGGUCUAGGCCUGGGGGAGGUUCUAGAUGUCUAACGCGGUUCUAAUUUGGAGGUUCUUAUCUUGGUAUUUAUGAUUCUGAAACUGCUCCCUCAAACAUUGCUGCCAUGGCAUUUGCAUACAGACAAUAUUCAUACAUGAACCAAAAUACCAACACGUCUAUAUUCUAUCAUCAUGAGGACCUUGGUCUGGAAACCUACUGGAUACCAACAAGUACCAGGUCCUAACCAGUCUAAACUAGUUAUGUUGGUAAGUAACCACUCCAAAGUAGUUUUACCGUGGCUAAUUAGUCUAAACUAGUUAUAUCCAUACAUGACUCGUCCAAACUAGUUAUAACCCAACAUAGUCUUAUUUGACAUGUUGGUUCUCCUUACCUCUCUGCUUUGUCAUUUUAUUUUAUAAAACCAACAGAAAGAUUUACACCGCCAUCAGUAGCUGUUAGGCCCAAAGGAUUUCUAUAGCACAAGUUAGCUGGUGGGGCUACUAGCUAUAGUACAUGUAGCUGUGAGCUGGUGGGGCUCCUAGCUAUAGUACAUGUAGCUGUAAGCUGGUGGGGCUCCUAGCUAUCGCACAUGUAGCUGUUAGCUGGUGGGGCUCCUAGCUAUAGUACAUGUAGUUGUUAGCUGUUGGGGCUCCUAGCUAUCGCACAUGUAGCUGUUAGCUGGUGGGGCUACUAGCUAUAGUACAUGUAGCUGUUAGCUGGUGGGGCUACUAGCUAUAGUACAUGUAGCUGUUAGCUGGUGGGGCUCCUAGCUAUCACACAUGUAGCUGUUAGCUGGUGGGGCUACUAGCUAUAGUACAUGUAGCUGUUAGCUGGUGGGGCUCCUAGCUUUAGUACAUGUAGCUGUUAGCUGGUGGGGCUCCUAGCUAUAUCUUGCCAUCUUUGGCCGUUAUUUCAGUUGGUUUAAAAAAGAUACAUUCUGUUGUAAAGAUGUGUUGUAAAUUAUUGAUGAAUUAAUGAUGAAUUAAGAAUUAUUAAAUUACAUGGAGAUGUUGACUGUCCAAGAUCAUUGUGGUGAAUAUUUUGAAUUUGUGUCAUU